UUAUUCCACACCUCUAAUUUCAUUUCGUUUGUGCACAUUUUCUUUGAAAGACGCUUUAGAUUGUUGGAUUUUGUUUCAUGUAUUGUGCCCUUUGUGCUAAAAGUGCAUCCGCCAUUUUACGCAGAGAUGUCGACCUAUUUCGGGGUCUAUAUCCCGACCUCCAAGGCGGGCUGUUUUGAGGGAUCGGUAUCGCAGUGCAUCGGCUCCAUAGCCGCGGUGAACAUAAAGCCAUCCAAUCCGGCGUCUGGAUCGGCAUCAGGAGCAUCGGGAUCGCCAUCCGGCUCCUUGCAAACGGGAAACACAGACGAUGGCAGUUCUGCCACCAAGUACGAGGAUCCCGACUAUCCACCGGAUUCGCCACUGUGGCUGAUAUUCACGGAUAAAUCCAAGGCCCUGGACGUCCUGCGACACUACAAGGAGGCUCGCCUCCGCGAAUUUCCCAAUCUGGAGCAGGCGGAGAGUUACGUUCAGUUUGGGUUCGAGAGCAUCGAGGCGCUCAAGAGAUUUUGCAAGGCAAAGCCCGAAAGCAAGCCCAUUCCGAUAAUCAGCGCUAGCGGUUACAAGAGCUCGACGGACAACUCGCCGACGGGUAACGGCAGUGGUUUCAUCAUUCCCCUGGGAAGCAAUUCCUCAAUGUCCAAUUUACUGCUCAGUGGCUCACCGACUUCCUCGCCGAACAGCUCCAGCAACAUCAUUGCCAAUGGGCGACAGCAGCAGUUACAGCAGCCGCAACAGCCGGAUGUGUCUGGAGAAGGCCCUCCAUUCCGGGCGCCCACCAAACAGGAACUGGUAGAGUUUCGAAAGCAGAUCGAAGGUGGGCACAUCGACCGGGUCAAGAGGAUUAUAUGGGAGAAUCCCCGAUUUUUGAUCAGCAGCGGUGAUACGCCCACCAGUUUGAAGGAGGGCUGUCGCUAUAAUGCCAUGCACAUCUGCGCCCAGGUCAAUAAGGCCAAGAUCGCUCAGUUGCUACUAAAUACCAUUUCGGAUCGGGAGUUCACUCAGCUUUACGCUGGCAAGAAGGGCAGUGGCAAGAUGUGUACUGCCCUCAACAUCAGUCUCCUGGACUACUACCUGAACAUGCCGGACAAGGGGCGCGGCGAAACACCGCUCCACUUUGCCGCGAAGCAUGGUCAUGUGGCCAUGGUCGAGGUUCUCGUUUCCUAUCCAGAGUGCAAAUCGCUGCGGAAUCAUGAGGGCAAGGAGCCCAAGGAAAUCAUCUGCCUGCGCAAUGCUAAUGCUACACAUGUGACCAUCAAGAAGCUGGAGCUGCUCUUGUACGAUCCGCAUUUUGUGCCCGUACUAAGAUCCCAGUCAAAUACACUGCCGCCAAAAGUGGGUCAACCGUUCUCGCCCAAAGAUCCGCCGGCGGACGAUUGCGAGGGCCUCAACGGGGACCUGGCAAUCAGUGCGCUGGCGGGACCCAUGUCCCGCGAAAAGGCCAUGAACUUCUAUCGCCGUUGGAAGACACCACCGCGGGUCAGCAACAAUGUGAUGUCGCCGCUGACUAGUUCACCAUUUAGCUCGCCGGUGAAGGUAACGCCGAGCAAGUCGAUCUUUGAUCGAAGUGCUGGAAACUCGAGUCCAGUCCAUUUAGGACGCAGAGUGCUCUUUAGUCCAUUGGCGGAGACGACCAACUUACUAAAACGCCCAAUGCCCAAUGAGAGCGAGCACAACAAUAAUAAUGUGAAGCCAGUGUAUCCGUUGGAGUUCCCGGCCACACCCAUUCGCCAAUUGAAACCGGAUUUAUUUAUGGCCUAUCGCAACAACAAUAGCCUUGAUUCGCCAUCUUUGGCCGAUGACUCCCAAAUCCUGGACAUGAGCCUAAGCCGCAGCAUGAAUGCGUCGCUAAAUGACAGCUUGCGUGAGCGCCACAUCAAGAACACUGAUAUCGAGAAGGGUCUAGAGGUGGUCGGCCGCCAACUGGCACGACAGGAGCAGUUAGAGUGGCGCGAGUACUGGGAUUUUCUCGAUUCAUUUUUAGACAUUGGUACGGCCGAAGGGUUGGCCCGCCUGGAAACGUAUUUCAUGGAAAAGACCGAACAUCAGGCGGAUAAAUCAGAAACGGUCUGGAACUUUGCCCAUCUGCAUCAGUAUUUCGAUUCGAUGGCCAGCGAUCAACAGCAGGAACUUCGAAAGGAUAAAAAUGAGGCUGCGGCAGCAACUUCGCCAUCCGCCGGAGUCAUGACUCCGUACACAUGCGUAGAGAAGUCGCUGCAAGUGUUCGCCAAGCGCAUCACUAAAACGUUGAUCAACAAAAUCGGCAACAUGGUGUCCAUCAACGACACGCUGCUCUGUGAGCUCAAAAGACUGAAAUCGCUGAUUGUCAGCUUUAAGGAUGAUGCCCGCUUCAUUAGCGUGGACUUUAGCAAGGUGCAUUCACGUAUCGCCCAUCUGGUGGCCAGCUAUGUGACCCACUCGCAGGAGGUCAGCGUAGCCAUGCGUCUGCAGUUGUUGCAGAUGCUUCGAAGUUUUCGCCAACUGCUGGCCGACGAGCGCGGCCGAGAGCAGCAUUUGGGCUGCGUGUGCGCUAGUCUAUUGCUGAUGCUAGAACAGGCACCGACCUCCGCCGUGCAUCUACCAGACACUCUGAAGACCGAGGAGCUAUGUUGCGCCGCCUGGGAGACGGAGCAGAGUUGCGCAUGUCUGUGGGAUGCAAAUCUCAGCCGUAAGACCAGUCGUCGAAAGCGCACUAAGUCGCUGCGGGCAGCCGCCGUUGUUCAGUCUCAGUCGCUGACGCACGGUCAGCUUCAGGAUACUCCGGGAUCGACAGGGUCUUCCGCCUUGCACGCUUCGCUAGGUGUGGGAUCGGCCAGUUUGGGAGCAUCAGGUGUCGUGGCGUCCCCAUCGAAAACUGAUUGGCGCAUUCAACAAAGCGACAUCUUUUUCGACUGCACUAAUGAUUCGCUGCCUUAUGAAAGCAGCAGCGAGGACGAGGAAAACUUCCAUACGCCGCCGCAAAGCUUGUCGCCACGCAUUUCCAUGGAUUUGGAGCCGCGCUACACGUUGUUUAUUUUUGGAAACGAGCCAACCAAGCGGGAUUUGGAUGUGCUGAAUGCCAUUACCAAUGUCGACAUUGAUAAGGAAACACUGCCGCAUGUCUACGCCUGGAAGACUGCCAUGGAUAGCUACUCCUGGGCUGAAAUGAAUCUCUUCCCAUCCCCAAAGAACGUCAAGGUUCAAAAGCUGGAGCCUUGGUAUUCAGGAACCAGUGCUAGCCACAACAGCCAGCCAUUGUUGCAUCCCAAGCGUCUGCUUGCCACGCCGAAACUGAAUUCCGUGGUCAGCGGCAGACGUGGGUCCGGACCAUUGACAGCGCCAGUUACGCCGCGUCUGGCCCGAACUCCGUCCGCCGCCAGUAUUCAAGUUGCAUCCGAAACGAACGGCGAGUCGGGCGUAUCUGCCGUGACUCCGGCAUCGCCGAUUUUGAGUUUUGCCGCCUUGACGGCAGCGACGCAGUCAUUCCAAACACCAUUGAACAAGGUGCGUGGCUUGUUCAGCCAAUAUCGGGAUCAGCGGGCCUAUAACGAGGGGGACACGCCGCUGGGCGAUCGGAACUGAAACGGAAUGGGCCCGGAAACAAAAACGGCGACUGAUUGAUGAAAUGCCGACUGCAUACUUACCCCCCAGAAUACCCGG